AAAUACAAAACCUCAAAUCCAAGUGAAGGGAGAUGCCAAUUCAAGUCAUAAUCUUCUUUUGCCAAUAUAAUAAUCUUGUAUAUUAAAUCUUUUUUAAGGCCACCAAGAAAAAAGACUCUAAUCUAAUGGGUGUUGCCUGUUCUUCCUCUCUCUCUACUGCUGCCACUGUCAGCGUCAGUCGUUGCUAUCUUUUUCCUCUCACAUCAGAAUCAGAAUCAAAAUCAAACCUGAACUCUAUUUCAUUUCCAACCAUUGAUACUCAUUCUAUAAAAUCCACUAACAAUUUCUUUUUACAACAUCACUAUUCUUCUUCUUCAUCUUCAAAGAUUGUGCCUUUGAGCUGUAGCAGAAUAAGGUUGAUGAUGGAGACACCCCAAGAAGGAAGUUCUACAGAACCCAUUAUAGAUUUUCAUGGAAUUGAUGAUGAAUUGGUUCAAAAGAUGGUUUAUGAUGCUCUUGUUUGGUGCUCUCUCCAUGGUCUUGUUGUUGGUGACAAAAAUGUUCAGAGAUCAGGAAAAGUACCUGGUGUGGGCAUGAUACAUGCUCCAUUUUCCUUGCUGCCUGUAGCAUUUCCUGAAAGUCAAUGGAAGCUAGCAUGUGAGGUUGCACCCAUUUUUAAUGAACUGAUCGAUCGUGUUAGUCUGGAUGGAAAAUUUCUGCAGGACUCAUUAUCAAGAACAAAGAAAGUAGAUGUUUUUACAUCAAGACUUCUGGAUAUUCAUUCCAAGAUGCUAGAAAAGAAUAAGAUGGAGGAGAUACGCUUGGGUUUACAUCGCUCUGAUUACAUGCUUGAUGAACAAACUAAAUUGCUUCUCCAAAUAGAACUAAAUACAAUUUCAGCUUCGUUUCCUGGCCUCAGCCCUCUUAUCACCAAUCUUCACAGGAGCUUGCUGAAGCAUCAUGGAAAACACCUCGGAUUAGAUCCCCAAAGAGUACCAAACAACAAUGCUGUCAAUCAAUUUGCAGAGGCGCUGGCUAAAGCUUGGAUUGAGUAUAAUAGCCCUAGGGCUGUAGUAAUGGUUGUUAUUCAACCUGAGGAGCGCAACAUGUAUGACCAACAUUGGCUUUCUGUUACUCUGAAGCAACAACAUAACAUUACAGCUAUUCGGAAAACAUUGGCAGAAAUUGAUGAAGAAGGGGAACUUCUACCAGAUGGAACAUUGCUUGUAGGUGGCCAAGCAAUUGCAGUGGUUUAUUUUAGAUCUGGAUAUGCACCGACUGAUUAUCCUUCAGAAGCAGAAUGGAGAGCUAGGUUACUAAUGGAGCAGUCUCUAGCAAUCAAGUGUCCGUCCAUAUCUUAUCAUUUAGCAGGAACCAAGAAGGUUCAGCAAGAACUUGCAAAACCUAAUGUGCUUGAGAGGUUUCUUGAGAAUAAGGAUGACAUUUCCAAGCUGCGGAAAUGCUUUGCUGGUCUUUGGAGUUUGGAUGACUUGGAUAUUAUUAAUAGAGCCAUUGAAAGACCUGAGCUAUUUGUGAUGAAGCCUCAAAGAGAAGGCGGAGGGAACAAUAUCUAUGGUGAUGAUGUGAGAAAAAACCUUUUCAGAUUGCAGAAGGAAGGAACUGAAGAAGAUGCAGCUUACAUACUCAUGCAACGAAUAUUCCCAUCUGUUUCCCCUACUCUUUUGGUACGUGAAGGCAUUUGUUAUAGAGAUCAUGCAAUCUCAGAACUUGGAGUGUAUGGUGCUUACUUGAGGAACAAGGAUAAGGUGAUUAUAAAUGACCAAAGUGGAUACUUGAUGCGAACAAAGGUAGCUUCAUCAGAUGAAGGUGGAGUUGCGGCUGGAUUUGCAGUCUUGGAUAGCGUAUACUUGAGAUAAUGGAGCAGGUUUCAUUUUCUUCAAGUGGGUUUCAAGCUCAAACAGUCGCAAUUAGCUUUCAUGUACAUCAAGUUAUUCAGCACCAGAACUGAGUGUUUUGAAACAGCAAGGGUUUUUCUAAAUAUUCUUGAAAAGGAAAUACUCACGUGGAGAACUUGUUCCAUUAGCAUAAUUGUAAUGGGCUAAUGGGUUGCAAGAAUUGUAUGCCUGUGUGACAAUAUCCAUUAAUUUCUUUCAUUGUAAUCAAUCUGAAUUUGGCAUGGAAGGAUGAACAAAGUAAAUACAAGUUGAGCGAGGUCGGCUAUACCUGCUGCAACUACUGUAUAUGAUUUAAUUGAUGACCGGAGUUCACCUCAA